CACUAGACUAACUAGACCUCACCUCACUUCUCACAGUUCCGUGUUUCAGUCAUCAAAGCAGUGCCUUUAUGUACAUCACUCACUCCACUCCAGUUCAAUAAUGCUACUGCUCUGCUCUUCUCUCCUGUUCCUCGCUAGCAGUGCCCUUAUUAGAGUACCAAGGAAGGUGAACUUCAGAGAUAAAUUAGGUUCAAAUUCCAAGAACAGAAUACAACUUCUCCCGCUAAGCAUAUCAAGAGUCGUCUUUGUAUUGUUGGUCGUUAAGUUCAGUAUUCUUCCCCCAAUCAGCUUUCCUAAGCAGGAAAAUCUCUCAUGGAGUACUGGCACUGCAGUAGUGUGUGUCAGUCCUUGGUUAGAAACCCAUUUCUUUUCUUUUCUUCAUUUCAAUUUCAUGAUUAGGGCUUCCACUUUCUUCUCCACAAACCCUAGUUUCUUUGCUUCUCUUCUCACACUAAUGAUCUUAAUCCAGGUACUUCUUCAUCUAAAAUUUUCUGUGAUUUUUACUGUUCUCUGUUCUGAUCAUCUUGGGUUUUUCAUUUUUUACAUUGAGGGGAAAAUAUACAAGAUCACUCCUAAUUUAAUUGCUAGUCUUCUAGGUUUAGAUAGACCAUCAAAUCCUGAAUCUUACCCACCUACUAAUGAAGAUGAGUUGGUUGUCUCAAAAGAUGAAUUCAGGAAUGCUGUUUAUCUCCCUGAGCAUGUGAACUGUAAUGGCCGUCAUCCUAAGAAUGAGAUAAGAGUCACCCAUCUGAAGCCUAUCAUCGCUGUCUUGGUUAAAAUAUUCCAAUCCAACAUUCUUCCUGCAGUUGAUCAUCACUAUGUCACAAACCUGAAGUCAGUUUAUUUGUCCUUUUUACUUGUCAAUGGAUAUUAGGUUGAUACUGCUUUUUUAAUUUGGCUUACAAUGGCGCGAGCUGCUCUAAAAUCUGUUAGAACCAAAGCUGUUCCUUAAGGAAUCAUAGUUGGUCGAUUGUUGUCUUAUUUGGGUCACCCAUUUCCAGCUGAUACUCCAUGUACCAGUGUCCCUAGUACUUUUGAUGUGAAUCUUUUGUAUCGAAAUCAUCUUCCCUAUGAUCCUUGCGACAGUAAUUGCCUAGGUUUGUCUAAACCGCAGUCUGAUGACAUUUCUCCUCCCCUCAUUACGGAUGAUGAUGCUAGUGAGCUCCAAUUGGCACUUCCUAAAGAUCCUCCUAGCGAAUUUGUUUGUUUAUCUGAAUCCAUCCAGUCGCUCAAGGAUACUGAUGAUAUUUCUCUUCCUCUUCCUCCUCCUAGUACGGUUGAUGAUAAUGCUAGUGAGCUCCCGCUGACACCUCUUAAUGAUCCUCCUAGAGAAUUUGUUUGUUCAUCUGAAUCCAUCAAGUCACCCAAGGAUACCAUGGAGGUUAUUCUUUCUCUUGUUGAGCAGCAACAUGAAGAGUUCAUGCAACAGAAAAAGAUGAUUGAACAUAUUGCUCACCAACAACACCACCUUCAGCAGCAACAUGAUGAGGAAUUCGGUCAACAACGGAAGCUAAUUGAUCGUAUUACUACCCAGCAGGACCUCUUUGAGCUGCAACAGCAAGAGAUAAUUCAUCGUAUUGCUCGCCAAGAUGACCGCUUUGAGCAACAAUGUCAGGAGUUUGCGCAACUACAAAAAAUGAGUGAUAGUAUUGCUACCCGACAAGACAGCUUUGAGCUGCGAUUUGAUGAGUUCAACCAGCAACAAAAGAGAAUUCACCGUCUUACAACCCAGCAGGGCCGCUGUGAGCAGCUACAGCAAGAGAUGGGUGGCCGUAUUGCUCGCCAAGAUGACCGCUUUGAGCAGCAACAUGAGGAAUUUGCACAGCUACAAAAGAUGAGUGACAGUAUUGCUACCCGACAAGACAGCGUUGAGGUGCGACUUGAGGAGUUCAACCAGCAAUAAAAGAGAAUUCACCGUUUUGCUACCCAGCAGGACCGCUGUGAGCAGCAACAGCAAGAGGUGAUUGAUCGUAUUGCUCGCCAAGACGACCGCUUUGAGCAGCAACGCCAGGAAUUUGCACAGAUACAAAAGAUGAGUCAUAGUAUUGCUGCCCAACAAGACAGCCUUGAGCUGCGACUUGAGGAGUUCAACCAACAACGAAAGAGAAUUGACCGUCUUGAUACCCGGCAGGAACGCUGUGAGAAGCAACAGCAAGAGAUGAUUAAUCGAAUUGCUUGCCAAGAUGGCCACUUUGACCAGCAACAGCAAAAAAUAACUGAUCGUAUUGCUCGCCAUGAUGACCUCUUUGAUCAGCAAUGUGAGGAGUUAGCGCGUUUACGAAAGAUGAGUGGUAGUAUUGCUACCCAACAGGACAGCCUUGAGCUGCGACUUAAGGACUUUAAGGAGCAACGACAGAGAAUUGGUCGUCUUGCUACCGAGCAGGAUUGCUGUGAGCAGCAACAGAAUCAGAUGAUUGAUUGGAUUGCUUGCCAACAUCACCGCCUUGAGAAGCAAUUUAAGGAGUUUUCCCAGCUACAAAAGAUGAGUGAUUGUAUUGCUUCCAAACAAGACCGCCGUGAGCUGCCACUUGAGGAGUUUAAGCAACAACGAAAGAGAAUUGACCAUCUUGCUGCCCAGCAGGACCAGUGUGAGCUGCAAAAUCAAAAGAUGAUUGGUGGUAAUGCUCGCAAACAUGACAGCCUUGCUCGACGUCAGGAUCAUUACCAGGCUAUGAUGCAGGAUGUUCAGCGUGCCGAACCUAAUCAGCAGGUAAAUACCAUUUGUCAGGAAUGCGGUGACUCGGGCUUUGCUGAGCUCUUAAUUUACUGCGUUUUGUGUCAAACAUCUUGCGAACAUAGGUAAAACACCUAAGAAUGGUGAUAGUGAAGUCAUAUGGAUAUGCGAGGGUUGUGAAGAAACAGCUGGACUCAUACAAGGUGGGCAAGUAACCAGUUUUGAAGAUAGGUCAAACAGUAGAAAGAAACUAAAAUACUGAGUUCACUGAUCCUGUGUGAAGAGGUGAAUGGGGUUUAAAAAGCAAAAGGUUAGAUGUAGACGAGGAGGAAAGAUUUACGCCCUGCCACUUGAAUUCACGAUUUAUGGAUCCUUUGUUUUGUUGGAGAUGUACAAUUAUGACUGUUAACAUCGGAGGAUAGUAAGCUGAACCUUGAGCUAGAACUAGGCCUAGCAGUGUGUAAAUUCAGUUUCGGUGUUUUAUGAAAAUGAAGGGGAGGAGAACAGAGGUUUAAAUAUGCUGGUUGAUGUUCUUAUCCACCCCCUGCAUCUUUUUAUUCCUCUGUGAAAUCGAUAUCAUGUGUAUUUUAGUGGAUUCCCUAAUCUGUUCGCUUGUUACUACUAAUCUGUGGAAUCCUGUAUAUAUGAAGCACUAAUUUGCUCUUAAUGAGCACUUCAGAUGAACUAUCGAUUCCUUUCAUCUC